CUGUUUCUAUUUUACUUUCUGAUCUAACGCUUCACAUCUCUUAUCUGUAGAAUUCAUUGAGUUUAGAUAUUCAUAAAUAAUCAUGCAUGAGGCAUGACGAUGACGUCAAACAUGAGGGCCUACCGCGAAAGCCGAAAUUCGCAAAUUGGGAGCAUCUUUUACUGUUCUCUCAAUUAGCGACUUCGGUGUUCGCGGUAGAACCUGCUUGGACUUUAAUCCGUUCUACGUUGAACUUCAAGCAUUACACAUGGGAUAGAUAAUAAGAUCUUUAAGAGCAAUGCAGUUGGCAGAAAAAGAAAUAAUCAUAAAAGCGCCUUGGGGCAAACUUAGGGGACUGACAUGGGGUGUGAAGGGCAACCCACCAGUGUUUCUCUGCCACGGACGGAUGGACGCGUGCUCCGGAUUUCGUCCUCUGUUGCAAUUCUUACCGCGCUGUUUUUACUACGUGGCUGUGGAUUUACCGGGAAAUGGCAGAUCAGACCAGUUACCAUGCGGCGUGCAGCUCAAUGCUAUGGACUUUGUGCCAACGGUGAAGCUGGUCAGAGAACACUUCAAUUGGAAGAAGUUCAUCUAUGUGGGUCACUCUUUGGGUGCGAUGUUGGGAAAAUUCUUCAAUAUCGCUUAUCCCGGACACAUCACACGCAUGGUUGAACUGGACCCAGUCCCAGCUCACAUGUGUUGCAGCCAAGACGUUGAGGGGUUACGUCAGUGGUACUAUAUCCACUAUCACAAUUACUACGAGCAGUAUGGCAAGCUGAAUGGAGGUCGGGAACCGCCGAAGUAUACUUACGAUAAGGCACUGGAAAUGUUAAUGAAGGCUCGUGGUUUACACAAAGUGGCCGCAGAACACGUCAUGGAUAGAGUUCUAGCACCAGCUGGGGAUGGUCUGUUUAGAUUUACUCACGACCAACGCCAGAAAACCUUCACCUGCAUGCCUUUAACCGGCGACGCUUACCGCGCCAUCUAUACCGCUACCACAACACCGACUUUCAGCGUCCUCGCUCAAGGCUCCAUAGAUAAUGGCGACUAUGACCAAACGUCGUUUGUAAAGGACCCUGCGUGCUGGCCGAAUGGGAACUAUAGUGUGAAAAUAGUGGAGGGCGGACAUGAUGUGCAUAUUAGCCAUCCGGAGCGCAUGGCGGAAGAUAUUAGUCAGUUUUUAUUGAAAGAUGUUAAAGCUAAAAUAUAAUUGUAGGUACUAGCAUAGAGAAAUAAGUAACAUAGAGUGCUCACUCCGUACAUCAAUUUUGGUACCAAAACGAUUAUUAUCUUCGUAGUCGACAUCUAGCAUCGAGUAUCGGAAUUAUCAGUACUGCUACUUGACAAUAGAUGUUGCGACGAACGAAAAGUCUAAUGAUCGACAAUUUUCAGCUAAUAUUAAAACCUGAUUAAUCGGAACUCUAUUUUCAACUCCUUCUGCUUGUAAUAUUAGUUCUAAAUUGUUGAGCAAUACAAUUUUCACCAGUUACAACACUUGAGACAUCUAGUGUCAAGUAGCAGUACUGAUAAUUCCGCUACUCGAUGCUAGAUGUCGACUACGAAGAUAAUAAUCGUUUUGGUACCAAAACUGAUGUAUGGAGUGAGCACUCUAUGUUACUUAUUUCUCUAUGGUACAAGGUACAUUUAAGAAAUGAAAUAAACAAAAGCGUAUUUAAUUUUUUUGUAUAUUUUGCGAUCUAGAAUACCCACAUACGUUAUAUUUUGACCACUUAGUUAUUUCACACACUAACAAUGAUAACAGAAGGUAUUAUUAAUGUAGCCAUAUUAAUUUAUAUUUAUUAUAAUGA